AUCAUCCAGAAUCGGGCACAGAAUUAUUUGGUAAAGAAGGUGAGCAAUGGUUGUCAGAUAAAGCUAAAGCACAGUAUCAAUUUGAUGAUUGGGCGAAAGAUUCAGAAACAUUGCCAUACUGGAAAUCUUGGAACUCAUUCUUUACUCGACAAUUCAAAGAUAGAGCAACGCAAAGACCAAUUGCUGGCCCAGAAUCAAACCAAACUGUUAUUUCUCCGAACGAUGGCUCAGUUUUCAGAUGGCAAGAUAAUGUAUUAGAAACUGAUGUAUUUUGGUUUAAAGAUAUGCGUUAUUCGAUCUCAGAUAUUUUGAGCUCUUCAUAUAAAGAGCAGCAAGCCUUGAUUGAUCAAUAUGAUCUUGUGAAUAUGUUUAAAGGCGGAACGGUAUUCCAAACUUACUUGAACCCUUAUAACUUCCACAGAUGGUGGGUGCCUGUUAAUGGUGAAGUAUUAUUCGACCCAAUUGUGAUUCCUGGUGAUUAUUUUAACAAAGUGGUUAUUCCUGAUUUUGCAGGAAUGGGUGAAGUUUCCACUAUUUCAUUUGAUGAAGCGAUGAAGCAAGGCGCAUCUGUUCAGAAAGGCGAAGAGAUGGGUGCAUUUAAUUACGGCGGAUCUUCUUUUGUGAUGAUUUACCAAAAAAUGCCAAACAAAAAGCUCGUGUUCAUCGAUGCAGAGGGUAACUUGAUUCCUAAAGAACCAAUUUUACCUGAAGGUAGUGCAAGUGUCGGUGGUAUUACAAUCAAUAUUGGUGCGCAAAUUG